GGAGCGUCGCUGCAGCGCUGGACGCGCAGAAUGUCGGUGAUACCGACACACACCUACCUACCCUCGGAUACACGCACCUGCCGCAACAGGAAAAAAAAACUACUACUUCUUUUCUUUAGAUUGUACAAGAUUUGGUGCUUUGUAUCUGGGUGUGUUGCUGUACGCUGUCGCUGACAUUGCAGCAAAGACACCACUGAGCUCCAAGGGUUUGACCUCUGACCACACCGCAGUGGGAGAAAGCUUGGAAGUAACAGCUUGGCAUUAUGGGACUAGGUAGAAGAAGUGAAGACAAAAUAUAUGAGAAUGUCAAGACAAUGGUCUGAGAAAAUUGCGUAACACCAUCAUCCCUCAUUAUUGUCAGAGCCAUGAGUCAGUUGACAGUUUUGUAAAAAGGAUCAAUUCUACAUUCUUUGCACUAAAUUUUAAUUAAGAAUGAACGCCGCAGAUAUUCUGUUUGAGGAAAAACUUAUUUACACGGCUGCUAGUUGUAUUAGUGACUAUGAGUGAGAGAGACCUUGGAACUCUAACAGACACCACCUAGAAUCAAACAAGGAGGCUGUCCCGAAUUGUUUACCGUUUUAUAAAAGGGUCUUGUGAAAACGGGGUAAAAUUUCCCCUCACAGCCUGCCCCUCCGGGACUGGUAUCUUUGCUAAUGUAAUGCUUGUCAUGGCCAGUGUGACUGCUGCGGAGGAGUCGGCAAGCGACUGUACCACACCAAUAGUAAAUUCACUGCCAUUUGAACCUUCUACAACCUCUAUAAAUGACCCUAACCAUGGACAUGACAGCACUUCCUGCCCUCCAGCAAUACCUCCACCACCACCUCCACCUCCUCCACCACCACCCCAGGCACCGGGCCAUCCCGGUCAACACGCUUCACGCAAGAAACGACGGGUACGGAGCUUCUUUUGGAAAACCAUUCCAGAGGAGAAAGUUCGGGGUAAACCUAAUAUUUGGACUCUAGCAGUGAGACAGCAGCAGUAUCAGAUUGACGUAAGGACAGUGGAAGAGCUGUUUGGCCAGCAGGAGGAAGUUCGAACCCAGACAAGCAGUGGACAUACUCGUCUUGGGAGAUCCAGAGGUUCAUUUAAAGAGAGCAAGGAUGAGAUCAGCAUCUUGGACUCCAAGAGAGGAAUGAACGUUGGAAUUUUCCUCAAACAGUUUAAGAAGCCCAAUCAUGCAAUAGUAGAAGACAUCCGUCUGGGCAACGGUAAGGAGUAUGGAACUGAACUGCUGAAAGAACUGCUCAAACUACUACCAGAAGCAGAAGAGGUGAAGAGAUUGAGGGAAUUCAAGGGUGACCCAAAUAAGCUGACACUGGCUGAUUCUUUCAUGUUCCUGCUGAUUCAAGUGCCUCGCUUUGAGGUGCGUAUUGAGGCUAUGGUACUUCAGGAAGAGUUCCUCCCAUCCUGUACAGUCAUGAGUCGUGAGAUUAACAUUGUGCGUCAGGCUACAGAAGAACUAAUGACUUGUGAAGAGCUCCAUGCCAUUCUACACUUAGUUCUUCAAGCGGGAAAUAUCAUGAAUGCAGGUGGCUAUGCAGGCAAUGCUGUGGGCUUCAAACUGUCCUCGCUUCUCUCUCUGGCUGACACGAAGGCCAACAAGCCUGGCAUGAACCUGCUCCAUUUUGUGGCACUAGAAGCACAGAAAAAGGAUGAGGCCCUUUUGAAGUUCCCAGAGAAGCUAACACAAGUUCAGAGUGCUGCCAGAAUUUCAGUAGAAAAUAUAGAAGGAGAGUUUUCCUCUCUCUAUGUCAAAACACGUUCCUUGGAACAGAAGAUUCAUGAUGACGAUGAGCUGCAAAAGCAGCUGGAACCAUUUUUGCAGAGCUCUACACAGGCCCUGCAGGACCUUAAACAUCGCAGGCUGGACUUGCGCAAAAAGGGCAAUGCCCUCAUUGACUUCUUCUGUGAAGACAAAGACACCUUCAAACUGGAUGAGUGCUUCAGAAUCUUCCAAGACUUCUGUCUAAAGUUCAAAAAAGCUGUAAAGGACAACCUGGACAGGGAACUGAAGGAGGAAGCUAGACAGCGACGCUUACGGGAACUGGAGGAGAGACGGUGUGCCUGGGGUGCAGCCAAUACUGAGACAGGUGAUAGUGGAGGUUUUGGUCGCAGCAGCAGCGAAAAUGAUGUUGACAUCCUAACCAAAGAAGGCCUCCUAGACUUCCUGCUUCAGUCAAGACCUCAAAGCCCCAACAGUCCUUUGGGGCGCUCAGCUAGUGCCCGCCGUUACCAUCACACCUCUAGUGACCGCAACUUCGGUGGCUAUAUGGAGCUGAUCUCUGGGACUUCAGCAAGCGACAAUGCCAAAUUCAGCAGCCUGCCACGUUCAGGCAGGAACCAUCAAAGAAAGACCAUGGCAUGGCUCAUCUCACAGGAUGACAACAGGGAGCUGGGUCCACAGAGUCAAGUUUACCAAGAGAAGUUAGCAGCUUCACCAAAGGCUGAGACAGAACCCAUCAGUCCUUUAGCUAGAUACUCAAGUUUUGGCUACAACAUGAACAGUGAUCCCUACAAUAAUAAUAAUUAUACUACUCUCUCUGAAGGUGGAGUUACACCUCGAUUAAGUAACACUAAGAAUAUUUAUCAGGGGACAUCUGGUCAUAGUGUUGGACACAUGAGUGUUUCUGUGGAGAAGCACAAACUAGUUCCUGGCCUCCAACCAUUUGAAAUAGCCAGCCAGAUCAAUAAUAACAGUAAUGUUUCUUUUGACAGCCAGUGUGAAGUGUUAGUAACAAAUCUGGAAAGUGAAGAAGACCCUCCCAAAGCAUUUGUUCUUGAUACGCCCCCAUCUAGUAGGAGUUCUGAGGAGGGACCUAAGCCAGAAAAAGUAUGGAAUGAUAAAAUGAUCUUAUCACAGAAGGAGGAAGUGGACACAAGCACCUUUUCCUCUACAACAUGUGACACCCCAUUGCCCCUUGAUCCCUCUGUGUCCAGUAAGAAACCUGCGUUGUAUGUCAUGGACUGUACUGAAACUGAUUGUUCCAUUGUGUUGGACUGUUCCGAGAUUGAGAGUUCCCCUAUCAUGAAAGAAAGAUCUGGACUUAACCAAAAGCCACAGGAUGCCAACUAUCCAAGAGUCGUUCAGGACACCAAUUCUCUUUCCUCCAAUUUUGAGUCCACCGAUUGUCACUUUGUGUCCAUAUCAAGUGAUGAACCACUUGUAGGAAGGUUUGAUCAAACAUGCCCAGAAUCAGUCAGUCCAUCUCUAAAUACUGAAGAAGCAGAGACAGAUAGCUGUGACACAGCUGAAGGGCGAAGAGUUGGCGAGAAAGCAGUGCAGACCUGUAUCCCUAAAACACUUGUCAAAACCAAGACUCCAUCCAAAUUGAUUGCUCAUGCCAGUCGUCCUACAAGAACCCUCACAGCAACUGAGACUCAGAACAUGCGCAAAGUGGUGCCAAUUACAAGGCAGAAUCGAUCUAGUAGCAGCAUCAAGAAAGUCGAAAAACCUCCUGGACAUGAGAGCAUUGAACCCAGACGUCCACUUCGUGACCAAAGCAUGCCAGCCAGGAGAGGCGAGAGACAAGGUAGACCUGCACGACAUUCAAGCCUGCCUCCAGAGGAUCCCAGGGCACAAAGAGGAGUGACACCAAGCAACUCUCGGUGGGCAAGGGACUUGACUCAACACAGACCCUUCAUCAAAAAAACAAUUGCCAAACCUGUUCGUAACAUUUCAAAACCAGCACCAGAGGAAAAGAUGUGUCGUUCUACAAUGCGCGCCUUGUCCCAAGCUCAGGCCCAGUCACAAGGAACCUCUGAAGGAGGUACACCUGACAGUCCUAACACCACCCAGAAAAGUUCUUCGCCUUUACCUAGUUUUGCUCGCAACACUGUGGCAUCUUCUUCCAGAUCUAAAAAAGACUUGCCCUCACCAGCCGUAACAGGAACACCAUCAAAGAGCUUAUCCAGAACGAGCUCUCAGAGAUUGCCCGGUGGUAGAACGGAAUCUGUCAGUAGCGGACCUAUGCCAAGGAGUGAGGAUAAACUAGGGGGGUCAAUUAGGAGGGUUCAGAGUGUAAGGGCUUCCAGUCGAAGCAGUGACACACCUCCACAUUCUGGACGAGAGCACUCCCUCAAAAGUAGCAGUUUCUCUGAAAGAUCCACACAGAUUAAAGACUCCGUCGCGAGCAGGACCAACAAACCCACAUGGAAAUAGAAUCGACACAUUAUAUAGUUGUUCAAAAAACAAUGUUCAACAAAGAAGAUCUAAAUUUUCUGCACAUACUAAAGUUACUAAAGAGGCACAGAAGCCUCUUAAAUUAUUCUGAAUGUAUCUACAGCCUUUAAAAUGUAGCUGAAGUUGUGCCACUAGAUGCUCAGCAAGAGUUUUAACAAAAACGUGAGCUACUGUCACCAUUUGACAGCACAUUUAGUAGCACUUCCACAUCCACACAAGGAUGGUUUUGAUGGCCUUUUUCUUACAUAUACUUGACACAUUAUCAACUGUCACAGAAAACACAUCAAUCACAAAUUGUACUUAGUGUUAGAUUAAGCCUAUAUUUUAUAAUCUAUAUUAAUUCUAUAAAGACUAUGUGAGCUGUUCUCACAAAUUGCUGCGGACAAAUAAUAUAGAAGACAAUUUUGUCAUAUAUCCAUAUGCUUGUUUUAUUUUAUAUAAUAUGUAGUAAAAGUAAUGUAAUGUAGUACUGUUUACUAGGGUAACAUUUCCAUUAAAACGACUUCAUGAACGCUCAAAGAUUCAUCCACAUUUCACGUAACUGUUUUCUGUGCAUGAUGACAAAUCACGCUGAAGACUGUUUGAUGAAUAUGUCUAUGAAUGUUAUCCAAAUACACCUUAGUGUAGCUGAUGCAAUGAGUACUACAGCUAGUAGUUCGAAGAUGCCUCUGCUGAGCUGCUUGUUUUCAAUUUGCCUUUUCAUGCAGGGUACAUGCCUCUGUCUUGCUGCUGAUGACACUGUAUUUGUGACGUUUCUGUGAUUAUACUGAUAGCUGUUUCUUUUUAAAGCCAUACUGUUAACCGGGAGUGGCAAAACUUGGUGCUAGAGGAAAGGCUGUGAAGUUUCAGUUUGGCCCAAACUUUUAAGAAAGCACAUACACUGUAUGCAUCAAAUGUUCUCAUAGUAUCUGCUUGAAAUUAAGUUCACAGGUAGUCAAAAAAGUGUUUACAUACAAAAACAUGUGUUGCUGAAAACUAACAAAUCAGUGUUAGAAUAAGCGGUAACACUUUUACAGUAAGGUUCUAAACAUUAAUUUAAUAAUAAGCAUGAAAUAAUAUUUUUUUAUUUCAUUUAUUAAUUUUGGUUAAUAUUAAUUUAUAUAUAUGUGACCCUGGACCACAAAACCAGUCUUAAGUCGCACAAGUAUAUUUGUAGCAAUAGCCAACAAUACAUUGUAUGGGUCAAAAUCAUCGAUUUUUCUUUUAUGCCAAAAAUCAUUAGGAUAUUAAGUAAAGAUCAUGUUCCAUGAAUAUAUUUUGUAAAUUUCCUACCAUAAAUAUAUCAAACAUUUAUUUUUGUGAGUGGAUAUGGACUUCAUUUGGACAACUUUAAAGGCGAUUUUCUCAAUAUUUUGAUUUUUUUGCACCGUCAGAUUCCAGAUUUCAAAUAGUUGACCCUUAUUAUAUAUAUAUAUAUAUAUAUAUAUAUAUAUAUACAUGUAGUUUUUACAAAUGUAAAAUGAAAGGGUUAGUUCACCUAAAAAUGAAAAUAAUGUCAUUUAUUGCUCACCCUCAUGUCGUUCUACACCCGUAAGGCCUUCAUUCAUCUUCGGAACACAAAUUAAGUAUUUUUUAUGAAAUCUGAUGGCUCAGUGAGGCCUGCAUAGACAGCAAUGUCGCAAUGUCACUUAACUUCUCAAGAUCCAGAAAGGUACUAAAGACAUAUUUAAAACAGUUCAUGUCAGUACAGUGGUUCUACCUUAAUGUUAUAAAGCGACGAGAAUACUUUUUGCGCCAAAAAAAAAAAAAAGAAAAAAUUACGACUUUUCAACAAUAUCUAGUGAUGGCCGAUUUCAAAACACUGCUUUGAUGCUUUACGAAUCUUUUGUUUCGAAUCAGUGAUUCGGAUCGCGUAAACGAAGCCUCGUUUGCUGAAAUCACGUGACUUUGGCGCUCCGAACCACUGAUUCGAAACAAAAGAUUCAUAAACCUUCGAAGAAAGGUUUAUGUUUGAAAUCGCCCAUCACUAAAUAUUGUUGAAAAGUCGUUAUUUUUUGGCGCACAAACAGUAUUCUCGUCGCUUCUACGACAUGAGGGUGAGUAAUAAAUGACAUUAUUUUCAUUUUUAGGUGAACUAACCCUUUAACAUUAGGAAAUGUAUUAUGAACAAACAUGAAUUUACAAUGAACAACAGUAUAUUAAUAAAUAACAUGAACCUACUGUAUAUGCUAUAAAAGCUGCUGUUUAUUUUUAGUAUUAGAGACUUAAUGCAUUAACUAAUUACUUAAAUUUGGUUUAACAAAUUGAACCAUAUUGUAAAAGUGUUACUGGUUAAGCAUGAUUAGUGGUGAUUAAUACAGUGAACCUGUGCAAUAUGAACCGAACACCAAGUGUACUUGGUGUACUUUUACCCUUCUGCUAUGUGUUUACUCCUUUUCAAGCAACCACCAUGUUGGUGAAGGCAUAAAUGAUAUACUCAAAAUAGAAUAUGGUUAUGUAAAAUCAUAAUUAUUGUAAAUACAAAAAAAAAGUAUGAACAGGUGAACACUAUUAUAUAGUUGUCAGCUGAUGAAGUCAAUACUGAUUUCACAGCAUGACAACAAAAAAAUAGCCUAAAAUCCUGAUUUCUACCUCUAGAAUCAUAUUUGCCACCUCUGGUUCUUAUAUUCUGAUGGCUCAAUCAUCAAGUGAAUCAUUGGCUUUUCACAAUGAUUCUGCAGGUGUACCUCAGUUACAAUGUAAAAUGCCUUUUUAUGUUCUUAGAAAGGUUUAUGUAUUGACAUAUCUGUAUUUAGCACUGAUUGGCUAACAUGCUUUAGAAUAUAUCCAUGGCAACAUGGUGAAGUCUGACACAAUGGAAUCCUUGUUCCAGCUGUAGAUAAAACUAGCAAAAUUUGGAGCAAAAUCACUUUAAGCUAUAACUUUAAAAUAAAAAUGAAAGUUGCAUUUGUCCAGUCAGACGGUUGGGCAUAUAUGUCAAUGUGUAUAUUUUAUUGAUAUUGCUUGAAUUUUCUAUUUUGAAUGUUAUUUCUGAGCCCUUUCCUCUGUGAUUGUAGAAUAUACAAUCAAUAUAAGCUAAUCAAUAAAAUACAUGUGAAAAGUA